UGAAAGGUGUUAGUAGAGUAAGUGUGACUACAGACCUUUGGACAUCAGAUCAAAAUAUUUCAUAUAUGGUUGUCACGGGUCACUAUGUGGAUUCAAAUUGGAAUUUACAAAAGCGCACUUUGAACUUUUGUGAUAUUCCACCACCACAUACGGGAGUCGUGAUUAGUGAUGUGCUGCAAAGAUGCUUUCGAGAGUGGGGUAUUGAGGAAAAAGUUUGGACAAUCACUGUGGAUAAUGCUUCCAACAAUGAUGUAGCUGUUCGGAUAUUGAAAGAAAAUCUCUUGUUCAGACACACUUUACCUCUUGGUGGUCAAAUAUUUCACGUGAGAUGUUGUGCGCACAUUCUUAAUCUUUUGGUCAAAGAUGGAUUAUCUUCUAUUCAGGAUGUGAUCUCCAAAGUGCGUGAAAGUGUGAAGUAUGUGGCAGCAUCAGAGGCACGUGUGAUCAUGUUCGGUGAAAUUGCAAAGCAGUUGGAAUUAUCUUCGAAGAAGCUUGUCUUGGAUUGUGUAACAAGAUGGAAUGCAACAUAUUUUAUGUUGUCAUGUGCUUUGGAGUUCAAAGCCGUUUUUCCAAGAUAUCAACAAAGGGAUCCUUCAUAUACUACAUUGCCGAGUGAUGAGGAAUGGGAGAAAGUGCGCAUUGUUUGUUCUUUCCUUGAAGAUUUUCAUGAGAUCACUGAACUCAUCUCAGGUUCUGAGUACCCGACAGCCAAUCUUUUCUUGGUCAAACUUGUUCACAUAAAGUCACUAUUGACUUAUGAGAGUUUAGAUAAAGAUUCAGGUACCACAGCUACAUUUAUGGAAAAAAUGCUUGAAAAGAUGAAGUUGAAGUUUGAUAAGUAUUGGGGAUCUUGUAAUUUAUUGAUUUCUAUAGCGGCUGUUUUAGAUCCUAGAAACAAAAUGAAGUAUAUUGAGUGGUGUGCUGACAAUUGCUAUUCUGGCGUGGAAGGGAUUGAACUUAAAGUAACAGUUUUUGAGACAUUGCGAAACUUGUAUGCUGAAUAUGUAGAGGCUUAUAGAGUUAGUACUAGUACUACUAAUAUUGUGAGAAAUGCUAGUGAUGCUCAAACAGGAAGUUCUAGCAAUGUUAGUGGUGUUAGUAGUGUGAAAUCUAGUACAAGUAGAAGCCAAAGCAAAUAUGAAAGCUUUAGGAAAACUGUUACUAGUGUUGAUCAAAUGAAGUCGGACUUUGAUUUGUACUUUGAGGAGGCAGUUGAAGAAUGGAAUGAGCCGACUCAGUUUGAUGCAAUUGGAUGGUGGAAGAUGCAUAGGAUGAAGUAUAAGAUCCUAUCAAAGAUGGCUUGUGAUGUGCUAUCAAUUCCCAUAACCACAGUAGCUUCAGAGUCUGCUCUUUUAAUUUCCAUCUUUCAUGCAAGCAAGGAGAGCACUGAGUAUAUUCACUCAAACAUUGUUAAGCUUCAGAUCUUUUAUCAUCUCGGCAUGGCAUGGGAUUUACGUUGGGGAUCAUCAUCUGGGAAUUUUGAUUCUUCUUCUGACAAAGUGAAAUUGCUACCUGAACCUAAAGUCCCUUUCAUAACCCAGUUGCAAGGGCUGCAUAAAAAUUGGAAGUGUGUUUUGAAACAGACAGACCUACAUAUGAAUUUGUUGGAACCAUUCAUCGCAUUCAGGACAGUUUUGCUUCGGGUUUUAAAUUCUAUGGAUAGUAUAGUCCAUCAUCUUCGGGAGUCAGCUGCAAUUCUUCGUAAAGGCUCUAGGAUUUCUCAGGCUGCUGCAGCCUUGCAUGAGUUUAUGUGCCUCUGCUCUGGCAUGGGAGAAGAAUAUUCAAAUUUGUACUGGCUUGGAAGGCUAGAAGAAGCUAAGCUUCUCCGGGCUCAGGGGAAGCAUGAGCUGGCAAUCAACCUUGCAGACUAUAUUUCACAAAAUCAUCAGCUAAAUGAAGAAGCUGCAGAUGUAUUUCGCUUAGUUGGAAAAUGGCUGGCAGAGACUCGAUCAAGCAACUCGAGGACUGUAUUAGAGAAGUACCUGAAGCAUGCUGUUAAUCUAGCUGAAGAUUAUGAGUCUGCAGACAAAUUGUCCAUUGAAAAAAGAAACCAAAUGCAUUUCCAUCUUGCACAUUAUGCAGAUGCACUUUUUCGUAGUCAUGAAGAAAGACUUGGCUCUAAUGAAUGGCAAGUAGCAUUGCGAUUGCGGAAACACAAGAAGAAGGAGCUGGAAGCAUUAAUCAAGCGGUUCAGGAGUGCGGCAAAGGGAGACAAAACUGAUUAUACAUUAAAAAUACAAGAACUACAAAAGCAACUUGCUAUGGACAGAGAAGAAGAAGUAAAGUUACAGGAAGACAGGGACAAUUUUCUGUCUACAGCUCUAGAGGGGUAUAAACGUUGCUUAAUCAUUGGCGAGAAAUAUGAUGUCCGAGUGGUAUUUCGACUCGUUUCGCUGUGGUUCAGUCUUUCUAAUCGGCAGAUCGUUGUGGAUAGCAUGCUUAGCACUAUUAAGGAGGUGCAAUCUUAUAAGUUCGUACUACUGGUAUACCAAAUUGCAUCAAGGAUAGGUGGCACAAAAGACUCUCCUGGACCUACAAGCUUUCAGUUUGCAUUACUUUCUCUUGUGAAGAAAAUUUCCAUCGACCAUCCUUAUCACACAAUAUUUCAGCUGCUGGCCUUGGCAAACGGCGACCGCAUUAAGGACAAGCAGCGUAGUAGAAACUCAUUUGUGGUCGAUGUGGAUAAGAAAAUUGCUGCAGAAGAUCUGUUGAAAGAGCUAUCAUCUUACCAUGGGGCUACCAUCAUACAAAUGAAGCAAAUGGUGGAGAUAUAUAUUAAACUCGCAGAAAUGGAAACGAAGAGGGAGGAUGCCAAUAAAAGAGUGCCUCUACCAAGAGAACUACGCAGCGUUCGGGAACUUGUCCGGGUUCCUGUUGUAACUUCUAAUAUUCCUGUUGACCGGACUUGUCAAUAUCCUGAAGGGUUCUUCCCCCACUUCAGAGGGUUGAUGGAUUCAGUCACCGUAAUGAAUGGUAUAAAUGCCCCUAAAAGGGUGGAAUGCUUAGGUUCUGAUGGAAACAGAUACCGGCAACUUGCAAAAUCUGGCAAUGAUGACCUGAGACAAGAUGCUGUGAUGGAACAGUUUUUCGGUUUAGUAAACACUUUCUUGCAGAAUAAUCGGGACACAUGGAGGAGGAGACUAAGGAUACGUACCUACAAGGUUGUACCUUUUACUCCGAGUGCUGGAGUUCUAGAAUGGGUAGAUGGAACUUUUCCUCUUGGUGAUUAUCUUGUUGGAAGCUCUAGAAAUGGAGGUGCUCAUGGUUGCUAUGGAGCAGGAGACUGGACAUUCAUGGAAUGCCGGCAGCGCAUGACUACAGAAACCAACAAGCGCAAAGCAUUCCAAGAAGUCUGCAACAAUUUCAGGCCAGUCAUGCAUUACUUCUUCUUGGAAAGGUUUUCACAUCCUGCAGAUUGGUUUGAGAAGAGACUUGCAUAUACAAGAAGUGUGGCGGCUAGUUCAAUGGUGGGUUACAUUGUAGGAUUAGGGGAUCGGCAUUCCUCAAAUAUUUUGAUUGAUCAAGCUACAGCAGAAGUCGUUCACAUUGAUUUAGGAGUUGCAUUUGAGCAAGGCCUUAUGCUGAAAACACCUGAAAGAGUACCUUUUAGGUUGACAAGGGACAUCAUAGAUGGCAUGGGUGUAACCGGGGUGGAGGGAGUUUUUCGAAGAUGCUGUGAGGAAACUCUUUCUGUCAUGAGAACAAACAAAGAAGCGUUGCUGACUAUUAUUGAGGUUUUUAUCCAUGAUCCUUUAUACAAGUGGGCUCUAUCACCUCUUAAGGCUAUGCAGCGCCAAAAGGACAUAGACGACAAUUUAGAUGACAGCUUGGAAGAUUCAGAAGAAGAUGCAUACGAAGGCAAUAAAGAUGCUGCAAGGGCCUUGUUGCGUGUCAAACAAAAGCUCGAUGGAUAUGAAGACGGUGAAAUGAGAAGUGUUCAUGGCCAGGUUCAACAACUCGUACAAGAUGCCAUCGACCCCGAUCGACUGUGCCAUAUGUUUCCUGGAUGGGCAGCGUGGUUGUGAUGAAAUUAAGCCCCUCUAAUUUUGGUGGUUUCUACAGAAAAAAAUAUACUGUACUAUUUUCGAGUGUGGGGCACUUUGGUUUUCACACAAGUAAUCAGCAUUGCAUUAUCCUUCGCUGCGGUUGGGCUCUGAAGCCUUUAUGUCGGAGCAUUCAUAUUUGCUCACAAGCAAAGCAGUUGCAGAUUUUGGCUGUAUAUUCUUCCUUCUUUCUUUCUUUCUUUUUUUUUUUUCCUCAGACGUAUAAUUUGUAGAUGUGCCCAUUUUACUAUGUACACGUGUUAAUCUAUACUAUAUUAAAAAAUUAAGAUUGCAAUUUGAAAUUAAUUUAAAA